ACUCAGCAGCCCCGGGGUGUCUGUGACUGCAGUUGCUGCCCUGGAUGGUGUGUCCCAGGCUCUGGGCUUUGAAAACUGUGAGAAGAAGAAGGUCCCAGUCCAGAGUUUCCUUGAGGAGCUGAGUUUGUUCCGGGAGCAGCUGGAUGUCAAGAGGGGUGCUGUGGGGUGCGCCCUUGUGGUUUUGAUGGCCCCCAGUGGGCAGCUAAGGCAGCCACAGCUGCUGGUUCAGGAGCUGAGUCGCUGUGACGCCUUGCAGGGUUGCCCCAAAAUCUUCCUGUUGCUCUCCAGUGGCCUCAAGGCUGCCUGGGAGCCUGAAGCUUUCCUCACAGGUUUGGGGAAAAUCUGCAGCCAACAUCCUCACUGGUCACUGCUGCAGCUGCUGACGGAGCUCUUUUGCAGAGUGGCUGAAGAGCCUGCUGGGGAUACCUACUGCCCAGUCUUCAGGACCUCCUUGCGGGGGACCCUGUGUUUGCGAGAUGUGGAGCCCUGGAGGCCAGAGUCCGACCCCGGACCAAGUGCACAGUAUGACCUGUCUGGGACCAGGGCCGCCCUCCUACUGGCUGUGAUUCAAGACCGGCUUGGGACACAGCAUGAUGUGGCAGCACUGGGGGACCUGUGCCAGGCCUUGGGCUUCAAGGUCACCCUGAGGACAGACCCUACAGCCCAGGCAUUCUGGGAGGAGCUGGCUCAGUUCCAGGAAAAGCUGGACACUCACAAGGGCCCUGUGAGCUGUGCCCUGGUGGCCCUGAUGGCUCACGGGGGGCCACAGGGGCAGCUGCUGGGUGCUGAUGGGCGAGAAGUACACCCCGAGAUGCUGGUACAGGAGCUGAGCUUCUGUCGGGCCCUGCAGGGCCGCCCCAAGAUCUUCCUGCUCCAGGCCUGCCGUGGUGGGAACAGGGACCCUGGGGUGAGGCCAAGAGCUCUCCCAUGGUACAGGCGCUGGCUGCGAGCACCCCCAGCCCUCCCUACCCAGGCAGAUGUUCUUCAGAUUCAUGUGGAUGCCCCAGGCAGCCCUCCCUCCACUCCAGGAAGCUCUAGCCAAGCAGACAUCCUUACUGUCUACGCAGCUGCUGAGGGCUGUGUGGCCUAUCGGGACGAAGAAAAGGGCUCAGACUUUGUCCAGACGCUGGUGGAGGUCAUCAGAGCCAACCCUGGAGGAGAUGUCAUUGAGCUGUUGACAGAGGUCAACAGGAGAGUAUGUGAGUUGGAUGUGCUGGGGCCAGACAGUGAUGAGCUGCGCAAGGUCUGCUUGGAGACCCGCAGCUCUCUCCGGCGCCGGCUCUGUUUAUAGGACUGACAGCCCUGCUGCUUCCGAUCCAUCCCCCUUCAGCACUCUGUCAUCGAUGCAGCCAGCAUCUUGGGCAUGGGAACUCGGAGAGCGUGCAAUAAAUAUCUGUUCACGAUCCUUGUGCUCCGGGAAAUUCAUGCUCUCUCCAAUAAGUGAGAUAACGGGUAAAGUGCCUGGCACUAGAUAGAGGAACAGCUGUGCUCCUGGGGACCAGAGGUUGGUUUGGGUCUGUGCCUCGCGUCUGAGACUACGGAACCUAACAGGGCUGGCCUGCAUAUGCUGGGAGCGGCCUAGGGAGAAAGAAGUCCUGCGAAGAACCAGCUCAGGGACCAUAGUUCUCUCAAUCUCCACCUGGCUCUAGGCACCAAGAUGCAGGAGAGGCGAGCCAAGUCCGGUCCCAGACUGGAAGAGACCAUUGCGGAUACACCAGUGACGUGAUGGCGCAAGCGAAUGGAUUGUCCAUAAUCCUGAGUUGAGGGCCAGCAAGUGGGGAGGAGGUCCGAAAGGCGAGCUUCUCGGAUCCAGAGGGCUUCCACUGGCGGAUUGCCCAGGAGGGCUCAGACCGGUUCAAACUUGUUGAAGCUCCCAAGCAUCUCACACCAAAUAGAUUAGCCCAAGGGGCGGGACCUUUCUCUAGUUUAAGCAUGCGCAGUAGGCUCUUGAGAAAGCCUUAUGGGAAGAACUAACCCACAUGCAAACGUAGGGCCGCGUGGCCUAAUGGAUAAGGCGUCUGAUUCCGGAUCAGAAGAUUGGGGGUUCGAGUCCCUUCGUGGUCGCUGCGAGUGUACCGUUUUUAUAAAUCCCACUGAAAAAUUCCCCGUUCUUGGGUUUGCUCUCUUCUUUUCACCGCACGGCUCUACGGAUUCCUGAUUCUGUCUGGUAUCGCGGACGACUUGAGAGCAAGUCCAGCAUGCUAGUAAUCAUGCCCUUUUAGAUCCCAAGGGUGCUCCGGGGCCUUGACUUAAUCAGAGCUGGAGCCUUCACUGAGAAUGGACGCGAAAGACUGCAAAACGGGCGGCGAUUCACGAAGAAGUAGAAGAGACACAAGAUACCCGCAGAAAGAACGGAAAGAAACUAGUGAAAGAUACAUAACACCUCUUUCUCGUCAGCCCCGGUGGCCUAAUGGAUAAGGCAUUGGCCUCCUAAGCCAGGGAUUGUGGGUUCGAGUCCCACCCGGGGUAAGAAGCCUGUGUUUUAGACCCUUAAACACCUGGAAAGUCAAAACGGGUAAAGGAGAAACGAAAUAACGCUUCAAAAUUGGAGAGGUGGUUUGGCACACCUUUCAAGUUAGAAGUGAUUUUUGUUUUCAAAUAAAUACAUGUUUUCACUUUACAAAAUACCGUGUGAUGGCAUUUGCACUACUUUUAUGAACCACCAAUUAUGAGUUGAUAUUAAAACAACAAUUGUUCAGA